AUGGACCCCAGCUCUGGUUCUCUCUGGAGCACAUAUAGGAUUGAAGAUUCGCCCACACAUAAGCCGCCAUAUUCUUUAGAUCCUGCCGAGGUAAUUCCUACUCUCAGGUCAAAAGUCAUACGUCGACAAUCAAAUCGGCUUUUCCCUUCGUCUCACUGGCUGAUUGAAAUGAUGGAGGAGAGAUUAGUGCGCUGGAGACCUACUUCGAGCCAGAACAGCGUCUCAUUGGCGUUGGAUGGAAACCACCCUUACCAGAAAGAAACUUUGGCCAAAAGACAGAUAGUUGAACCAGUAAAAAAUACAGCGCCAGAGAAUGACAGCGUUAGAAACGAUACCCUAAUAUUUGAUCAUGGAAAACCAGAACAGCUUUUGGGAACCACCACCCUCCGCUGGAUCCAAGACCUAAAUAGCUCUUUUGACCUCGACGAUAUGCCAUCUGAUUUUCAGUACUCGAAUUCUUUUAGAUGCAUGGGGACGACCACAGUCAUUUUCGGACGUAAUCCAAAUGAGGACAUGCGGACGGUGACGGCAUCGCCGUUGGACGUCGACCGACAUAUGUCCGAAUUGACUAAGGGGGAAACUACAAAUCGUGCAGAUGGACCCCAAUCUCAAUUUAUCCAAAACGAGUCGCCAGACCAGGACCCGUGGUACUCUUGGAUCUUCGGUUGUUACUAA